AUGGCUGCUAAUCCUCAAGCUACAUCUGCGACUCCAGGAGAUGUUCAACAUCCAACCUCCUACCCGCAACCAUCAAUUCCAUUAGAGAAUCCUACUGGUGAUUUUUCCAUUCAUGUGCAGGUUGCUAAUGGUCUGUAUUAUAAUGCACCAUUGGUACUCAAUGUUCUGCAAAAGCUUAACAUUGCAACAGAAAUGUUUAAUCUUUGGUUCCAAUUGUUGGAACAGACUAAAAAAAGUGGAGUGCGGGCUAAUUUUAAAAGGCAUUUUGAGGCAGAUGAAGCAAGAUUUCUUCGUGAAUCGUAUAGUUCUUUAGUUGAUGUUUUCCAAUUGCUAUCAAGACAAUUCAAGAAUUUAACCAAAGAAUUGAGUUGUGAUGAACUUGAUGUUGAUGCAGAUCCUAUAGAAAGAAAGACAACGCCCGAGGCAGAUCCAGCCGCGUACCCAGGCGGCGCAGGCGUUAUCGGGAAUUGA